CAACCAACCUAGCUCAUUUUCAGACGCUGCAUCAUCAUCAUCAUCAUCACGCACUUAUUUAGUCGAGUGUCCUUGUCUCGAGCUCCUGUAUACUAACUACGUCUUGUAACAACGCCACGAUGAUAUCGGCUUUCUAUUUUCGAUUUGAUCCCCCCCCCCCGGGGCGGCCGGCGGUAGUAUGUCGGUCACGAUUCGCUCCGAGAUUGUGGAUCUUGAGCUGUUGGUUCCAAGGACUGUGGAGUCCGAACGCGAAGACGCCGAUGUAGCACGACUAGUCCCAUGGGUAUUCUGCCAAACCACUAUUGCAGAGGAAGGUUGCACACUGGACUGGCCGGCCUCGGAGCCGCGCUUCGAAUAUCUCCUUCACAAACUCAGCACCUACCGCACCGAGGUACCGGAAUCUGAAAGAGGGAUAUCGGGGGCCAUCCAGCCAAGUGCGACAAUCACAUUACCCAGGAAAAGCUGGAAGCUACCACGGCGAGAAUACUUCAAGGGCUUCAUCGGAUCCCAGAGGUCAAUCCUAUACACACUUCUGAAUGACGUUUACUCUGGACUUGACGGGGUCCGUGAGCAGGGUCCCCGGGUCAGGUUAGAACUUGGCUGGACAAAAAAGUAUAUCAUCGGUGGUAACCGAUUUGCCGCCCGAUCCGAGGGUGCUGCCGUCGUGAAAGUGCGAGAAAUGUCCGUGCCGAUUGUUUCCUUCACAGGGUGGUUCGAGGGCCAAACAUGGGACCAAUUCCUCAGUGAAACCCUGAGCAUAAUGCUCGGACAGUUGGCCAAAAACACCUCUAUAUUGCAAAGAGAGGGUCGGGGGCCCCAGGACCAGGAAACGUUUGUGAUCGGCUUUCACGUGCCUUGUUUUCAUGUCGCCUAUGGGCUUUUUCCGGCUGCUACUGUUGCUAGGGUGCAUCUGCAGGGUUUUUCGCUGGCUGAGGUGUUUGAUCUGAAAUUUAGUCGGGGGUAUGACUUGUGCUUGAAAGAUGACUGGAUGCAAGCUAUGCGGGUCUUGGCGCGGCUUUUUCGAUACCUUGUGAGUGGGAAGGCGAAGGUUGGUGCUCUACAGGCGUUGAGAGGGGGGUCUGAGACUGGGGGUAAUGGUUCUUUUUGAAAGUUUCAUGUACUGGAACUGGGAGCUGCCUCCUUUUGCUUUCGUGUUUUUGAUGAAUCGCUUGGGUUUUGGCGGAUUGCAAGCCGAUGACACCAUGCGGUUUGCUAGAGGUCGGUAUGGCUCAUAUAUUUGGAAUCAUCAAGCUACGCACAACCACCCUGUGCUGGAUCUUGAAGUUGGGACGUUGCCAUCUCUGUCA